UUUCAGUUCUUUAAAUACCACAGACGCUGUCUUGUCAUCACUUUUCGGCUGCUGUCCAAGAAGCAAAGUCAUGUCCAAUCUUAUUGACAAGACAAGGAUAGUCGAAGCGAAAUUGCUGCCACCUGAGUAUGCCAUCUGGGUGCCCUGCGUGGAACAACUUGUGGCCAACAAAGAAAAGAUUGUGGGAAACAGGAAGCGGAAAAAGACUGAACCUUCAACAACAGCAGCAGACAGGAAAACGGAAGUGACAGAAAACCCGGAGAAGAAACCGGCAAAAAGGCGACAACGGAAGUUGUCUCAUCAAGAACAACUACAGCUGCCUGGGGGAUAUGCCAUCUUUCUGAUGACUCUUAAAAAAGGACACCCAUCAUUCCUUCCCCCGAUGUCAGGUCAACACAGUCAGUGGUGGAAACCAACAUAUUCACCUAACCCACCUGUGAUUAUGAUCAGUGAUAAUGAUGAUGAAGCACGCAAGUUGGCAGCACUACCUCCCAUGGAAGUGGACGCACCCACCCUGCUUGAUGUUGUGCCACCACCAUCACCGAUUGAUACCUUCCAUGGCGGCUAUCUCCACUACCAGUGGUCAUGUGAUGUGCCCUGUCUGUUUCAGGGAUUUGAAUGGAUAUACAUGGCCAUUAACAUGGUCAGAACUGUUUGGAAUUAAAGAUUGAAGGUUUCACGUUCUUUGAGGGACAUGUUAAGCACUCCUUCCUAAGUUGUCCAUUGAUUCGUAUUUCCUAUGUAUAUAUGUUGUUGUUGUUUUUCAUUAAACAGUGAUUAAUUAAA